AUGUCACGAAAGAAAAUACACUUUAAGAAUAAAAAUGAGAUAGUUUACGAGCACGUCUCGCUCCGACUGUGUUUUCCUGCUCAAAGCGAACAUGGCUAUCGGGCAAUACUGCAUCUGACAACGGUGAUCGCCGUGAUAGCCCUAUCAUCGAGUAGCAUCGUGAAAUCGCCAAGUAACGAUGGCACAUUCGAACUCUUGAUACUUCACAACAAUGACAUGCACGCUCGCUUUGAGCAGACUUCACAGUUGAGUGGAGCCUGUACUACUGCUGAUAGAGAUGCUGGGAAGUGCUAUGGAGGGUUCCCUAGGGUUGCCCAUGUUGUGAAAGAGGCUCGUAAGGCUGCCGAAUCUGGUGAAGGUCCACCUGUCCUGUACCUCAAUGCUGGAGACACUUACACAGGCACCGCCUGGUUUACCAUUUACAAGUGGAAGAUAGCCGCUGAGUUCCUUAAUGCUUUGCAACCUGACGCUGUUUCUCUCGGAAACAACGAAUUCGAUACGGACAAGAUAAGCCUCUCUCCUCUAAUGCAAAGCUUAAACACCGUUGUUAUUGCUUCAAAUGUAAUCGUUAACACUCCUGGAGCCAACGAAAAAAUUAAAAAAUCUGUAGUACUGAAUAUAAACAAUGUUCUCGUCGGAAUUGUUGGCUAUCUGACCCCCUCCUCUUCCAUUUUAGACAGCGCCGGCAACAUUGAAUAUAUCGACGAAGUUCUUGCCCUUACAGAAGAAGUGGGUAAUUUAAAAAGUCAAAACGUCGACAUAAUUAUUGCCUUGGGACAAUCUUCACAAAAAGAUUUAGAUGUAGCAAGAGAAGUAGAAGGAGUCGAUUUAGUCAUAGCAGGCAAUCAAAAUAUUUUUUACACCAAUGGUACGACACAAAAGAGCGGAAAGGAUGACCCACAAAACAUUGUGAUAAUAACACAGAAAUCUGGAAAACGCGUACCAGUAAUAAAAGCAUAUGACUAUUCCAAAUACUUAGGAAAGAUUGCCGCUAAAUUUGAUCGAAAUGGAGAAUUAAUUAAUGUUGAUGCCAAUUACAUUGUACUUGAUAAUUCAAUUCCACAAGAUCUUGAAGCUGAACGUAUGGUAGAAACACUAAGAACUAGUUUAAAGUCUAGUUCAGAAAUUGUAGGAAAUACAGCAGUUGUUUUAGAUGCAUCCACUUGUAAGAAAGAAGAAUGUAAUUUUGGCAAUUUAGUGACAGAUUCUGUUAUACUUCAUUACUCAGUUAAUUAUCAAGCUGAUUGGAGAUGGACAGAUGCUCCAAUAGCUAUAAUUCAUGGAGGUGCUUUAAAUGGUAAGAUCGCACCCGCUCAGAGGCCAGGUAAUAUCACGAGAAAUGAUUUGCUGUCAGCUCUCCCUGCGACAAACAACUUAGUAGUAGUUCAUACGAAUGGAAAAAUUCUAAAGGAGGCUCUCGAACAUUCAGUCUCGGGUUAUACAACUUCGGGGUCAGACAGAUUCCUUCAAUUCUCCGGUGUACAAGUUACAUACAAUUUUGAUAACGAACCUGGCUCUAGGGUUGUUAAUGUAAUGAUUCGCUGUUGUAGAUGUGCGGUUCCCGUAUUUAAUGUAAUUCAAGAGAGACUUGAUUACAAAAUUAUAAUGCCAUCCUCUCUAGCUAACGGCGAAUUUGGUUAUUCAAUGUUCGAAAACUUGUCAAAGGCAAAUCUCGAUUAUGAUGAAGUACACUGUGUAUCGGAAUUUCUUAAACUAAGAAAUCCUGUAUAUCCAGAAAUAGCAGAUCGUAUUACGCUUCUAAACACUGAUUCUGUGCCGGGGUCUGCUCACGCAAUUAAGGCAACAACAUUCCUUCUAUCGCUGGGAAAUCACGAAUUCGAUAAUGGAAUAAACGGCUUAGCACCAUUUAUUGCAAACUUAUCCUGCCCUAACCUUGCUACUAAUCUGAUUCUGGAUGACGAACCGAUUUUAAAAGCAGAAGUUAAUUUAAGGAACUCGGUUGUAUUUGAUAUUAACGGAAUUAAAGUUGCGGUUAUUGGUUAUUUAACGCCUGACACAAAAUUCUUAGCUGUAAGAAAUAAUGUAACCUAUAUAGAUGAGGUAAUUGCUAUAAGAGCAGAAGUCAAAAGACUUCGGAAUGAAGGAGUACAAAUUUUCAUUGCUUUAGGACAUUCAGGUUUUUUAAAAGAUUUAGAAAUAGCUAAAGAAGUCGAGGAUAUCGAUUUGGUUAUCGGUGGACAUACAAAUACUUUUCUCUGGAACGGUCCUACUCCUGAUAUCGAAAAGGCACAAGGUCCUUAUCCAAUGAUUGUCAAACAAGAUUCCGGAAGAAAUGUUCCUGUAGUACAAGCUUAUGCUUACACAAAAUAUAUAGGAUACUUGCACCUUACAUUCGACAUGCAAGGAGAAAUCAAAUCAAUUGGAGAAACUAAUCCAAUUUUGUUAAAUAGUAGCAUUCCGGAAAAUAUUGAACUUCUAGCGAUUGUUAACAAAUAUCGCGAUUCAAUACUAAAACUUACGAAUGUGAUAGUUGGUAGCACCUCAGUUUCUCUAGAUGGCCAAUCAUGCCGUUUAAGGGAGUGUAAUUUAGGUAAUAUGAUUACAGAUGCAAUAGUGCAGAAAUAUGCCUCUGAGUAUACAGGGCCCGGUUGGACAGAUACGCCUAUUGCUAUUAUUCAAGGAGGCGGUAUUCGAGCUUCUAUUAGUCAUGUUAAUAAAAUAAGUGAUAUAACGUGGGGUGACCUGCUCACAGUUAUGCCCUUUGAUGAUAAAGUUGUCAAAGUCACAUUACAUGGUUCAGACGUUCGUAAAAUGUUAGAACACUCUGUGGCCGCAUACAAUACCAUACGUGCUCCUGGACAAUUUCUGCAAAUUUCUGGAAUGCAAAUAGAAUAUGAUUUUAGUAGAAGCCCUGGAAAUAGAGUAUCAAAAGCUCUAACAUUAUGUGGAGACUGUGAAAUACCAGUUUAUUCACCUCUCAAUGACACGAGAUCUUAUAAUGUACUCAUAAAUGGAUUUUUGUCUAUGGGUGGCGAUGGGUAUUCGAUAUUUAUUGACAAACCAAUUGUUUAUUUGAAAUUUAACGAUUUGGGAGCUACUUCUGAAUACGUAAACAAAACUAGUCCUUCCCUCGGAAACCACGAGUUUGAUCAGGGAGUCAGUGGCCUGACACCGUUCAUCGAAAAUUUGAAAUCACCAGUAUUAGCCGCUAACUUAAUACUAACCAAAGUUCCAGAGCUAGAAAAAGAAGUCAAUUUACGAAACUCCAUUGUUUUUAACAUAUCUGGGACUCCUAUCGGAGUUAUAGGAUACCUCACACCCGAAACAAAACAUUUAGUUUUACCGAAUGAUGUGGAGUACAUUGAAGAAGUAACAGCUCUUCAAAGAGAAGUGAAAAACUUGAAAGAAGAUGGUGUGAAAAUAAUAAUAGCUUUAGGACAUUCAGGAUAUUUAAAGGAUUUAGAAAUAGCAAAGAAAGUAGACGGGCUUAGCUUAGUUAUAGGUGGUCAUACAAAUACAUUUCUUUGGAAUGGAACAAGUCCAGAUUCUGAGACAAUUAUCGGGCCAUAUCCAACUUACGUUACUCAGACCUCUGGAAAGCAAGUGCCGGUGGUGCAAGCAUAUGCCUACACAAAAUAUUUGGGAAAACUGCAUAUGGUUUUCAACUCUAAAGGAGAGCUUUUGAGAGCAGACGGAAAUCCAAUACUAUUAGAUAAUUCUAUACCGCAAGACCCGGAGGUGUUAAAUAUUAUAAAUCAAUACAAAGAAAAAGUUUUAAAUUAUACAGAAGAAGUUAUUGGUAACACGUCAGUAGUUUUAGAUGGCUUAAGUUGCCAACACACAGAAUGUAAUCUCGGUAAUUUGAUCGCCGAUGCUAUGGUAUACACGUACGCUAUGGAAUAUAAUGGAGAACACUGGACGGAUGCACCAAUCGCUGUCAUUCAAGGUGGAGGAAUACGAUCUUCUAUUUCUGUUACGAAAAUUCCAACCACCAUAACGAAGGGAGACCUAAUAGCAGUAUUGCCAUUUGAAGGAAUUUUGGUAGUUGUAAGAAUGACUGGCACCAUAUUAAAACAAAUGCUUGAACAUGCAAUUGCCAAUCUAAGUGACUUAGAUCCUCCUGGAGAAUUCCUGCAAGUGUCUGGUUUAAAGGUUACGUAUAAUGUAGAUAAGCCAAUAGGCUCAAAAGUUAUAAACAUAAUGGCAAGAUGUUGGAAUUGUUCGAUACCUUUAUACUCAGAUGUCACUGAAAACGAAGAAUACAAUGUUAUAAUGCCUAAUUUUAUUUUUAACGGCGGUGAUGGUUAUGGUAUGUUCACAGGUUUACCAGUACGAUCAUUAACUUAUGGCGAAUUUGAUGCUUCAAGUUUAUAUAUUAAACAGCACAGCCCAGUUCGGCCCGAAAUUGAAGGGCGAUCGCUGGGAAAUCACGAAUUUGACGAAGCUGUGGCUGGAUUGGUACCGUUCAUUAAAAACUUAACAUCGCCCGUUUUAGCUGCAAACCUACUGUUAGAUAAUGUGCCAGAACUAAAAGAAGAAACUAAUUUAUAUAAAUCUAUUAUACUGAAUAAAAAAGGCGUCAAUAUUGGUAUUGUUGGAUAUCUUACGCCAGAAACAAAGUUUCUAGCACCAAAAACUAAAGUUGAUUAUGAAGAUGAAAUACCGUCAGUACGAAGGGAAGUUAAGAAAUUAAAACAAAACGGAAUUGAAAUUAUUAUCGCUUUGGGGCACUCUGGCUUUAUCAAAGACUUGGAAAUAGCUACUGAAGUUGAAGAUAUUGAUCUAGUAAUAGGUGGACACUCGAAUACGUUUUUAUCAAAUGUUAAUACCACAGAAAUUCCUGAAUUUGUACAAGGUCCAUACCCAACAAUGGUUAUGCAAAAAUCAGGGAGAAAGGUGCUUGUGGUGCAAGCAUACGCUUACACAAAAUAUAUGGGUAGUUUGUUUUUAAAAUUUAAUGCGAAUGGAGAUAUUAUAGACUUCGAUGGCAAACCCAUUCUAUUGAAUGAAAGAAUUCCACAAGAUCCUGAAGUUUUACAGAUAGUCGACAAAUAUCAUACUGAUAUUGAUCGCAUUAAUAAUGAAAUUGUAGGAACCUCCAUGGCGUUCUUACAAGGAGACACUUGCAGAUUGUAUGAGUGCAACUUAGGAGAUUUUAUCUGUGAUACUAUGCUAAAUUAUACAAAAAGGCAUUAUAUGGAAUUUUCACAAGUAAAUAUUGCAAUAGUUCAAGGAGGAAGAAUCAGAACGUCUCUAGAUCAACCUAAGAAACCCUACAAUCUCACAAGAGGAGAUUGGAUAACCGUAAUACCUUUUUCAGAUACACUUUGUAUUGUUAAAAUGAAUGGAAGCGUAUUAUUGGAAGCACUAGAACAUUCCGUUGACUUAUGGAGAAAAAUUGAUACACCAGGACAAUUUUUACAAAUGUCUGGGAUGGAAGUCACUUAUGAUUUAGAAAAAAUACCGGGUCAUAGAGUUAUACAUGCAAAAGCUAUGUGUAUUGGAUGUAGUAAAUUAAUAGAUGUACGUAAUGAUUUAAAAUACAAUAUUCUUAUGUCAGCAUUUUUAGCUGAUGGCGGAGACGGCUAUUCUAUGUUCGAGAAUUUGGAGAAAGAAUUUGUUUCCUUCAAUGAAGUUACUUGCGUUUUGGAUUACUUGGGUAUUUACAACCCUAUAAAUCCACAAGUAGAUAAACGCAUAACAAUAUUAAAUGAAGAUAAGGUUCAAGAUUUUGUAAAUGAUGUAUCCAUAAUUGACAAAUUCUCUCCAUCGAGUGGGAAGGCAAUUUAUCUAGACUAUUUAAUUGUAAUGUUAUUUGUUAGGGUAACUAUUUUUCUAUUUUAA